UCUUGGUUCUGAAACAGAGAAACCAAAGAACCUAAAAAAAAACACAUCUUUUGUGAAAAAAUUUCGAAUUUUUACUUGCCAUUUUUGGUAAACCAAAAACACAUCAAGAAACAGAACAUAAACAGAGUAUUUUUACUUACUUGUUCACCACUACAAAAAUAAAAAUGGCUGCUUCUUCAGAUCUUUAUAUCUUUGAUGGUUCAUCUUCAUCUUCCUCUUCAAUAUUCCGAAACUCAAGUCCAGAAAUGUUUUCUUCAGACACAACAACAACAACUACAGAUCUGUUCUGUAAUAGCGAACUCUACUCUGUUGACGAAUCUCUCAGCAUUUUUGACCAUUUCACCCCACAAAACAUCCUCUCUUCAUCUCCUCCAAGUGAUCUUCUCGGAACUUUAACUCUCUCUCAGCAAAUUCCCACCGGAAUGUAUCCAAGCUUCUCAGAUUUCCAAAUCUCCGAUGCCGUCAAAACAGAGAACUUCUUCGAUCAGACGUCGUCAAUGGCACGAAGCUACAGUGCAAUAGAGAAUGCAGGGAGAUAUAUGCAGAGAAGCUUUAGCAGCAACUCGGUCGAUGGGAAACCAAAUCAGCUUCCGUUUAAUAUUCCGGUAAUGGAUUCUUCAAAUCUUCAUUACAAUACCUUAAGCUCGCCGGAAAAUCCCUUCUUUUCCGGUCAGAUGCGACGAGUCUACAGCACAGGAGAUUUACAGGUCUCUAACAAUUUCGAAAUGCAGAGAUCGUCGGAGAACUCNCUUUGA